CUGUGCUUGCUUUCAGAAGUAAUGGCUUCCUCUCAACUUUAUGUUAUUGUUUGUCUUGUCAUUCGUUAGCCAGCCAUCACCAAAAAAUAAAAAUAGUUGAAAAUUAACUGUAAUUAGUGUUUUAGUUUACAAAAAUUUUAUUUUGUCCGGUUGUUUACUAUUUGAGAUAUUAUGUCAAAUCCGAGUACAACGGCGGCGUCUAUGGUUCCUAUUACGCCUUCCUUGCCAACGCCUACGUUAAAAGAGCGUUUAGCAGUUUUCGGAAUUCCCAAUGUAACAAAUGUCCCAUUUGAAACAGCUGGAAUUAUUGUUACGCUGCUCACGAAGCUUGAAACUCAAAACUCGUUAUUGAUAAUGAUAUUUGCUCGCUCUAAUCUAGAGAGAUUUUUCAAGAAGGUUGUAAUAUCCUAUAUGCCCGCAAAGUGGAAGAAAAAACGAACCGCCUAUCAUGCUGGAUAUGUGGCGUUUUAUGAAGAUUCAGACAAGAACUCAACGUUUUCCACGGCUGUAUCGCAAGUACGAAAAUUAUUUCCCAGUGGGGCGAAACAUUUUGCUGAUGUCUGUACUUCGUUCUAUGAACGCGCAUCGAAACUGACGCACAACUUAGCCGAGGUGUGUAACUCAGCUUAUAGUGCCGCAGAUCUCCUUCAGUUACUUACGCACAUUCCUAAAUUGGACGAAAACGAGCACCGCGCCUUACACGCUAUCACAUCUCUUAGUGAAAUGAGCUGAAUAAUAAUAAAAUAAAGAUAUAAGUGUUUAAACUCUGGUGGGAUUGUCAAUUUCGUCAUCUUUGUACGCUCCAAUAAUAAAUCGUCCGAGUCAACUGUCGUCAUUAGCGUGAAAAUGGAUAUUUCAAUGAAAAUUUUUAUUGUUCCUCAUUAUAGUUAUUAGCUUGUAAAUUGAAACAUUCGUUUAUCCUGUAUUUCCUAUCGAUCAGGCUAAGUUAUUCUUAGUUAUUACUAUCUCAUAAAUGUUAGCGAACUUUUAUCCUAUAUUUCCUAACAAGCUAUCGUUAUAAAGAUGAGAUAUUGUUUCUUUUAAAUUUUUUGCCAUUUCCAAUAAAGGGUUUUUUCUAUUGUAAUGUUGUUUCCUUUCCUUUCUUUUACAUUUGGUUAAUUUCAUCGUCAGGAUAUGUCGAUAGGGUUAAUUUGUCUACAAACAUCGCACGACGCACUAGAAUAUUGGAACAUGAGAUGAAUUCGACGGCUGAAAGAUUAUUUCUUUCUAAAUCCUCGUAACUAGGGUGCUCAAUAUCUGAUAAUAAUCGUUACGUUCAUGAUUUCAGGACAGGAUUCAUGAUAAACUUUCUACAAUGUCCUGAAAACACUUACGAUCUUCCACCCAAAAAUGAUGCCGAACAAAAAUUCUCAUCUCGAUGCAGAUUAUACGUCGGAAACUUGGCUGAAAUCACCGAAGAAGAAGUUACUGAGAUGUUCAAAAAAUUCGGAGAAAUUAACGAGUGUUUCGUUAACGCUGAAAAAAUGUUCGCAUUCGUUCGUCUGGACUACCGUGCUAAUGCUGAAAGAGCUAAACGCGAACUUGAUGGCACGAUGAGAAAGAACCGAGCACUUAAAGUUCGGUUUGCACCGGUCGGUGCAGCUAUUAAAGUGAAAAAUCUUACUCAAUGGGUUACGAAUGAACUAUUGGAAUACGCUUUCUCUGUUUUUGGUGAAAUUGAACGUGCCCAAAUACUCGUCGAUGACCGUGGUAAUUCGUUGAAAGAAGGUAUUGUCGAAUUCGCUCGCAAACCUACUGCUUUACUCGCAUUGCGCCGAUGCGCCGAAGGGUGUUUCUUCUUAACCAGUUCCUUGAGACCAGCGAUCGUUGAACCGUACGAUGUCAUCGAUGAUGUUGAUGGUUUCCCUGAGAAAUCAAUUACUCGAAAACCUCAGGAAUACAUCAAAUCUCGUGAAGUCGGUCCUCGUUUCGCUAAUCAAGCUUCUUUCGAGUACGAAUACGGUACUCGUUGGAAACAACUGUACGAUCUGUAUAAACAGAAAGAAGAUGCGCUGAAACGCGAAUUGAAAGCUGAAGAAGAGAAACUCGAAGCUCAAAUGGAGUAUGCCAGAUUUGAACACGAAACUGAAAUGCUCAGAGAACAACUUAGAAAACGUGAAAUGGAUCGAGAUCGUCAAAAGAUCGAAUGGGAAUUGAAAGAACGUCAAGCUGACGAACAGAGAAGGAUGGACGAUGAUAUGAUGAGAAGACACACCGAUGAUUUGAGCAUGCGUAUGCAUCAUCAAAAAGACGAUAUGAGACGGAGACAACAAGAAAACAAUAUGUUUAUUCAGGCCCAUCAAAUCAAAAUGGAAGAUCGUGCUGGUCCAAACGGAAAUUUUGAACAAGGUAAAUUCGACACAGAUGUUAACGUAAGAGAGUUGAAAUCUGCAGGUCCUGGAAAUGCGCCUGGGGAACAGAAUAUGUUCAUGGAACGAAAUUCACGCUUCGAAGGAGGACGGAAAGAUGAACAGUAUCCGCGUCGUUGGGGGCAUGGUGGUCAUCCCGGUCACGAAGAUUUUCCUAAUAAACGUCGACGUUAUUAAAUUAAAACGAAAAACGUAACGUCUUUGUAAUACGAAAAAAGGCAAUUACGUUCAUACGCAUACAUACUAGGUAUGCUAUAGAUACCCGAACCGGAUAAAUGAUAAUGAAAGGAUAAUUCAAAGGAGCCAAAAAUAACACUGUAUAUAUUUUGUAUUACAACAAUCAUUGUAUUUCGAUGGACACACUUACACAAACACAUCAACGGAAUACGUUGAGAUAAUAUUGACCUCGUGCCUGCGUUGAUGUUUUACUCGUGACUUAUUGAUUAAGAGAAAGGAAACAUUGACAAAUUUUAAAUGAAAUUUUCGCUUGACUAUAAAUUAUAUAUUUUUUAAAUUUACUUUUUAGUUCGUCAAUAGUAAUUUUAUGCGUUCGCUUGGAAACUUUUUAUUUGAAUUAUUAUUUAGUUGGACAGAAUUUAUUGUUUUUCGUUCAGUUUGAAAUAUUAUAAUAAUGAAUUUUGAAGAUUCUUGAGGAUGGUGCGAAAACAUACUACGUACUAUCUGGUAUCGUAUUAUGAUCGAAUAUUUUAUAUUUUAUCAUUUAAAAAAUCGAUACCUUUCGAUUGAAAAAGUACGAUGUUGUGUGUUGUAAUCCGUGGUAGCUGUCUAGUGUCUGUAUGUUCUUUUAUGAUUUUUCGUUUCUUUCUUUUCUUUCUUUAUUUCUUUCUUUUUUUACAUAUUUUUAAUUUAAUUGAUAGGUAUAUAAAUUAUGGACCCUUAUAAUGUAAUUUCGCUAAGAAAAAACUAGCACUACUGCGAUUUUGUUGAAAAUUUUAUCGAUGAAAUAGUAUUGAGAGUUUAAUUCUUUUUUUUUCUCAUAAUCGCUGAAAUUAAUUCGGAUACUGUGUAUAAAGUUGAUACAUACUUAAGGAUUCCUUUCUUUAAAUAUAUUAUAUUAUUAUAAUUA